AUGGCCGAUGAUGUCGAAACCCAGGCUGAGAAGGCCCAGCCGGUUACGCGGUCGAUUCAUCCAGUCUUUUAUAUCGCGAGUUGGAUAUUCUUUUCUAAUAUCACCAUUCUCUUCAACAAAUGGUUGCUUGCUCCAGACAGGUUUAGUUAUCCCACUAUCCUAACAUGUUGGCAUCUCAUCUUCGCGACCAUCGCCACCCAAGUCCUUGCCAGGACAACCACCCUCCUCGAUGGCCGCAAGAGUGUCAAGAUGACGGGCCGUCUUUACCUGCGCGCCAUCGUUCCCAUCGGCUUUCUCUUCAGCGGAAGUCUCGUCUGCAGCAACAUGGUCUACCUCUACCUCAGCGUCGCCUUCAUCCAGAUGCUCAAGGCCGCCGCGCCCGUGGCCGUCCUGCUGACCGCCUGGGUCUGGGGCGUUGAGCAGCCGUCGCAGUCACGGCUGAUUAACGUUUUGUUCAUCGUCUUUGGCGUUGGGCUUGCCAGCUUCGGCGAGAUCGCUUUCUCGCUCACCGGGUUCCUCUUCCAGCUCGGCGGGAUCGUGUUCGAGGCCAUGCGGCUCAUCAUGAUUCAGGUUUUGCUCAAGGGCGAUGGUCAGAAGAUGGACCCGCUCGUCAGUCUGUACUACUUUGCUCCCGUCUGCGCAUCGAUGAACUUUGUCGUUGCGUUGUUUACCGAGUUCCGCUCUUUCAACAUUGCUGAUUUGUACAACACGGGUCUUUGGUGUCUUCUCCUAAAUGCCGUAGUGGCGUUCAUGUUGAACAUCAGCAGUGUCUGUCUUAUUGGCAGAACCUCCGGCCUUGUAAUGACCCUCACCGGUAUCCUCAAAAACAUCCUUCUCGUCGUCGCCUCCGUCAUGAUCUGGCAGACCUCCAUCACCCCCCUGCAGUUCCUCGGCUACGCCAUCGCCCUCGCCGGGCUCGUCUACUACUCCCUCGGCCGCGACCAGAUCGUCGAGAUCGCUACCCAGUUGUGGACCUUCCUACGGGGCGUGUGGGAAAACUCGCCGGCCUACUCGUCUGUCUCUUCCUCGUCCUCGGACGAAGGAAAUGGUCAACAACAAGGAGGUGGCUUGCCGUCGGCGGUCCGGCGAGCCCUGUUGAUGGGGCUGGGCGUCAUGGUUGUCGUCAUUUUGGCGGCUGGGUAUAUCUACAGUGGCGCUGACCCAAGUGGUGGCGGGGGUGCGGUGGGUGUACCCAGGCCGCUUGGUGGUGGUGGUGGUGGUGGUGGUGGGGACGCGAGCAGUGUUAAACCAGUUCAGGUGGCUUCGUGAAUUAGUGGGAAAGAAAAUUGGGCGGUGAUGGAAAUUGUAUGGGGAACUUAACAAAGGACGAAAGAAAGUAUCGGGCAGCCAAACGACCAGGUUUCUCGAAGAAACGAAACGAAAGAGGACAGACUGCGACGACUUGGGCAAUCUGUCCAUGGCCUCCGUACUGAUUCUUCAACGAAGAGACGGAUAUUAUACAUGGUCGGGACUACGGAAAAAUUGGGUGUCUAAGGGAAGGAAUAUUUGGAAACACAGGGCUGGCGGGUUUGGGUAUAAUGAUACAACAUCAACAACAGAAAAUAGAAGCAAGGAACUGGGCGAUUUCCAACCCGGGUUCGCGAAGAAUAGGACACUACAACAACAAUGACAUGAAACGAGCGAGCGAACAACGUCAUUGAUCAAUCGAACCGACAAACCAACUAGGUGCUAAUAUAUGCCUGCUGUGCUACUAGUGUACUGGUUUUCGACAGGAAACAAAGUGAUUGAAGUGAGCGGUCGAAGGAUGGUCCUUAGACGGCAGCCAUGUUGUUUUGUUGUGGGUUUGAUGUAUACUACACUGCAGUUACCAAACUUGAAGUUGCUGGGAUUCAGUGGACAUUUUUGGUUGAUACACUUGCUCUUGCUGUUGGAAGUGAUGGAUUCCACAAUAAGAGUACAAUCGUAGUAGUAGUGGUGGUGGUGGUGGUCAUAAUAG